AUGGCUCCCAUAUCAGCAAUGGCGCCUGCUGGCACUCAAUCUAUAACCUUUCCAGACACUGCCAAAUCUUUGAAACGUGGCAUGAGUCUAAGGAGAGCUUCUACCCAGCGUCGGUCACGGCAGGAGCAGCUUCCCCCUCAGUUCUUGCAGCCUAUGCAGGGGCAGCGGGACGAAGAUGAAGAUGAGGAUACGAUAACCUCUUGCCACCCAAGUUUUCAGACAUAUCGACAUCGAGGCCGCCAGAGCCACUAUAUUGAUCCGCGACAGCAGAUGCUGCACCUACCAGACUCGCAACGACCCGUGUCUUCCCGUAGCCAUAUGCGAGACUGGAGUCACCAGAGGGACCGCAGCCGAAGCCCUUCGUCUUCCAAAAAGCUGCCACGACCUGACAGUUCGUCGCAGCAGCCUCAGUCCGAAAGCCACAGCAGUUUACCGUCGUCCACGAGCUUGACGAGCGAGGAAUUCGAAGCACUACCGCCCACAGUUCGAAGAAAAUAUUUUUCGACCCUAGAGCGGCUACGCUUUGCCCAGACCUGUUGUGCUGGACAUUCCGAUCACUCCUGCGGCCAUUCCAUAUCGACUUUUGCAAGCGAGGAAGAUAUCUGCGAGCCGGGAUCCAAGUCUGAACUUGCUUCCGACCCCUUCAUCUCUGGAUCCCAUCAGCAAUCGCGCGUUCGAUCGAGUUCCGUUCGACUAUACCCGAAUCAGGCAGAUACGCUUCACGGACGACCUACAGACAACGGAGAGAGACGAUCGAAUACAUCCAAUUCACACCAUAAGAGCAUCAUACUGGAUGCUACCGACGAGGCCUUUGUCAAGAUAAAUAAACGACAAUCACAAUUUCCCAGAGUUAGCAGCCAUCUGGACGAACCCUUCUAUCACGAGUUCCAUCCCGCCAUGAGUAGCUCACCCAACAACGAAUUCACAAGGGCUCUUGCCGUCGAGUCUACACCAGAUUCAAUCAUGGAGAGCUUUCGAUGGCUUGAUGAGAGUGAUGAGUUGGAUCUUCGUUUGGAUGACUACCAGUCGAGCCCCAAACAAGGGAAGAAGAAGCGAAUGGCUUUUCCUCGCCACCUUUCUAUCUCAAAACUUUCUUUUGGCCGGCCGUCUUCCCAAUUAAGCCGUCCAGCAACCAAGGGAACCAUGGCCUCUCCCGCAUUGAGCGAGCAAUUUGUAGUACCUUCUCUACCAAGCCCCUCUGGCCACUUCCGUCGGAGAUCUAGAGCUCUGUCUCUAAUGUCACCAAAUAAGGCCCAAAUGCCUGAUGACUCGAGCAUGAUUGAUUCAGCUCCAUCUCACUAUCAGGAUCCCGAAGCUCGCAUGAAGCUCCGUGUGUACCUUGCUUCCCCGCACAAGUUUGAUGAGGCUGUUGAAUUUGGGUUUCCAUCUCUCAACGACAUGCAGGGGAAGGAUACCCCUCACGGUCGUUCGUGGUCACGCCAAGAGUUUUAUGACAAGAUGCAUAACUCAGCUGGUGAUGAUGCAGAGUCUCUCAUCAGUGAUCCCACAUCACCCGUCGAAACAGUCUCUCCGAGAACACCGGAGAGCUUGGAUCAGCCACCUGUUGAGCUUUCUCCACGACUACCUCAUGAGGGAGUCUGGCCUUCCAAGGUGGACUACGCCCAGGCGCCUGCGUCGUCCCGCGAGAUGACAUUACGGAUGACACUGACCCGACCUGAUCUUCGAGCCGACGAAGAGCAGAUGUAUGGCUGGCAAAAACCACCAUCAUCUAAGGGGCACGCGCAUGACGGAUCUGCUCAGCCAAGAUCAUAUUCUCGAGCUGCCAACCCCAAAGACGAUAUCGAGAAGCAAUUCGCCAUUAUGGACCAAGAAGCUGCUAAUAAUGAUGGCAAUGUGGUAAAACGCUUCUGGAAUAGAGUCCGCCGGUCAUGA